AUGCGUUUUACUCAGGUCCUUUCAUCUGCUGCGAUCGCUGGCGUCUCGCUAGCUAGCCCUCUGGGUCACGAACACGCUGCUCACAAAAGAGACGUGGCAUACGUUACCAACGUUCAGACCACCACCGUGUUCGGUACUGCCCCCCAGCAGAUUGGCGGUGCCUCAACUACUGUGCAGCUAGACGCCUCUAACACUAUUGCCCAGCAAGCUGCCACGCAAUCGACUUCGUUGUCUGAAGUUUCUAGAGGUGUUGAUGCCGCUCCAACCGCUGCCCCAAGCUCGACCGCUCCUGCUUCCAGCGCAGCUGCGUCCAGCGUCUCGUCCAGCCCUUCUUCGGCUCCAGCUUCGAGCUCGUCGUCUUCUGCUCCUGCCGCUAGCUCCUCCUCCUCCUCCUCGGGCUCUGUUGGCUCCGGUGGCGCCAAAGGUAUCACCUACACCCCUUACAGCGACUCUGGUUCCUGCAAGAGCUCUUCUGACAUUGCCUCUGAGUUGGCUCAACUUUCUGGCUUCGACAUCAUCAGACUAUAUGGUGUCGACUGCGACCAAGUCUCUGCCGUUUUGCAAAACAAGGCCUCCAACCAAAAGCUUUUCCUAGGUAUCUACUACACUGAUGCUAUUCAAGAUGGUGUCAACACCAUCAAGAGUGCUAUCGAUGCCCACGGCUCUUGGGACGAUGUCUACGCCGUGUCCAUCGGUAACGAGUUGGUUAACUCUGGUGCUGCCUCUGUCUCUCAAGUUGGCUCGCUCGUUUCUGAAGGUAAAUCUGCACUAAAGAGCGCUGGCUACUCUGGUCCUGUCGUCUCUGUUGACACUUUCAUUGCUGUCAUCAACAACCCAGGCUUGUGUGAAUACUCUGACUUCAUGGCCGUCAAUGCUCACGCUUACUUCGACUACAACACCGCUGCCAGCGACGCCGGUACAUGGUUGAACCAGCAAAUCCAAAGAGUCUGGGGUGCUUGCAACGGUAACAAGAACGUUUUGAUUACCGAAUCCGGCUGGCCAUCUCAAGGUGAAACCUUGGGUAAGGCUGUUGCUUCUAAGCAAAACCAGGUUUCCGCCAUUGACUCUAUCAAAUCCUCUUGCGGUAACGCCGUCAUUUUGUUCACUGCCUUCAACGACUACUGGAAGGCCGACGGCGCCUAUGGUUGUGAGAAAUACUGGGGUAUUCUCUCUAACUAG